CAAACCCUUCAACCUUCACACUGCUAGCUAUAUAUAGCAUCGUAAUGGGAACGAUGAAGCUCGAGAAAAAAACUCCCUGUCACGUGGUGGCGCUGCCGUACCCCGGCCGAGGACACAUCAACCCCAUGAUGAACCUCUGCAAGCUCCUCGCUUCGAAACAACCAGAUAUCCUCGUCACCUUCGUCGUCACAGAAGAGUGGCACGGCUUCAUCGGAUCCGACCCGAAACCCGACAACAUCCGGUUCUCGACGUUGCCUAACGUCAUACCCUCCGAGAUCGGCCGGGCCAAGAACUUUCCGGGAUUCGUGGAGGCGGUGAGGACCAAGCUGCAAGAACCGUUCGAGAUACUUCUGGACCGGCUCGAGCCGGAGGUAAGCGUUAUAGUUGCUGAUCCGUAUGUGGUUUGGGCCGUGAGGGUUGGGAAUAAGAGGAAUAUUCCGGUGGCUUCGCUUUGGACGAUGUCGGCGUCUGUGUUCACGACGUUUGAUCACUUCGAGAUGAUCAGAGAAAAUGGCCACUUCCCUGCGGAUGUGUCAGUCCGGGGAGAUGAAGUAAUAGAUUACAUCCCCGGAAUCUCCAGCACCCGCAUGGCAGAUCUUCCCACUAUAUUCUAUGGUGAUGGUCAAAAAGUCCUCAACAUAGCCCUUGAAGCAGUUUCCAGCACUCACACAGCACAAUACCUCUUAUUAACUUCGUUCUACGAGCUUGAGCCCCAUGCCUAUGAUACAUUGAGAGCCAAACUGUCUGCACCCGUCUACCCAAUUGGCCCAAGCAUCCCACUCUUCGAGCUUUCGAAAACUGCUCAUGACAAUGACCUAAACUAUCUGCACUGGCUAGACUCUCAACCGAAAAUCUCUGUCCUGUACAUCUCACUGGGAAGUUUCUUGUCUGUAUCAAAUGCCCAGAUGGACGAAAUCGUUGACGGGGUGAAGAACAGCGGUGUUAGGUUCUUGUGGGUGGCGCGUGGGGAUGCUUCUAAGCUCAAAGAUGGUGUUGGUGACAUGGGUUUGGUGGUGCCUUGGUGUGAUCAGUUACGGGUGCUGUGUCACUCUUCCAUUGGAGGGUUUUGGUCGCAUUGUGGUUGGAACUCAACUCAAGAAGCUGUCUAUGCUGGUCUUCCGGUUCUUACUUGCCCUAUAUUUUGGGACCAAAUCCCUACUGGAAAGCAAAUUGUGGAGGAUUGGAAGAUUGGGUAUAGGGUGAACAAGAAGAAAGUUGAUGGUGAAGACUUGGUGACCAGAGAGGAGAUUGCAGAACUUGUGCAGAGGUUUAUGGAUGUUGAAAGCAACGAGGGGAAGGAGAUGAGGAAAAGAGCAAAACAACUUCAGGAGACUUGUCAUGGAGCUAUUGCAAAGGGUGGUUCUUCCGACUCCAACCUUGAUGCUUUUAUUAAGGAUAUUUCACAAGGUUAA